UUUGUCACUCCUCCAAUUACCAGCUUCAGGCACAUCACAGCAACACCUGACAACAGCUGCAGACGUUCUUCAGCCGGCUGCGUCACAACCUCCAGACAUGCAACGAACCCCAGGAACCACGGUUCCUGCUUCGUUAGAGAGAGACAGGAGGGGAGCCCCAGAAUGCCAGCGAACGUGUCGCCUGGUCGUGGAAAACAGGCAGAUGACUGUGUAUGUGGUCGGCACCACUUUGAGUGCGAACCCGAGCAGGAGCGCUCCUCCCGGUGCAAAGUUUUUCUCAGUUAAGUGCACGGACAAUGUUCAGUACACGCUCAACCCCCCGCCUCAGGAGACGUCACACCUCGCUCCGAUUCCUCUCCGAGGCAACUCCGUUCUUCUGAUCAGCAUGAGCCGCGCCAGCCAGUCUGAAAAUGACAGCAAGAUUUCUGUCCAGUACUAUGGAAAUAAUAAAGAGGUUCUGGGAAAAGCAGUUCUGCACUUGACAGCUGUUGAGAUCUCCCUGGAUGUGGACGCUGACAGAGACGGCGUCGUGGAGAAAAACAACCCCAACAAGAGCUCCUGGAAGUGGGGUCCUACUGGGCACGGGGCCAUCCUCCUGGUGAACUGUGACUCGGAGCAGACCUACGUCAAGAAACUGGACAGCGAGCAGGACUACGUCUCCAAAGCGUCUGACCUCCAGGACAUGUCCCCCAUGGUGCUGCGCACCAAAGGCCCCGCCAAGCUGCCCAAGGGCUACAAGCUCACCAUGCACAUGUCCCAGGGCGACGCGGAGAGCGUCAGAGUCUUCAGGACCAAAUCCCCCGACGUGAAUAGCUCCAUGGCUGAGAAAGUCCUGUCCAAAUACUUCCUAAGAGACUACCCGCUGGUGCUGAGCAGGGAGGUGCUGUCUCAGGAGGUGCCGUACCUGGGAGGCGAGGCGGAGAUGAGGUUCUAUGUGGAGGGCCUUCGCUUUCCUGAUAAAGACUUCAAUGGGCUCAUCAGCAUCAACCUCAGCCUCUUAGAGCCUGUCAAUGAGGGUCUCCCUGAGACGCCCAUUUUCACCGACAAAGUUGUGUUCAGAGUGGCGCCGUGGAUCAUGACACCCAACACCCUGAAGCCUGUAGAGGUCUUUGUCUGCAGUACAUCUGAUAACUAUCAGUUCCUGAAAGGAAUGAGGAACCUUGUUGGAAUGAGUGGCUACAAGCUGAAGAUCUGCCACGAGUAUGAGAACAGAGGCGAUCGCUGGAUGCAGGAUGAGCUUGAGUUUGGGUACAUCGACUCCCCUCAUCACGGGUUCCCCGUUGUGCUGGACUCCCCUCGAGACGGCGAUCUCAUGGACUUCCCCUACAACGACCUUCUGGGCCCAGACUUCGGCUACGUGACGAGGACGGCUCAGAGGAAGGACGUGAGCAGUCUGGACUCCUUUGGUAACCUGGAGGUUAGCCCCCCUGUGACUGUGAGGGGGAAGCACUACCCGCUGGGCAGAAUCAUCAUCGGAGUGGCCUUUCCUACGGCGACUAAAGGCCGAAACAUGACGAAAGUGGUUCAGGAGUUCCUGUGGGCGCAGAAGGUGCAGGAGCCCAUCGCCCUGUUCUCUGACUGGCUCAUCGUCGGCCACGUGGACGAGUUCAUGAGCUUCGUCCCUGCGCCCGAUAGAAAGGGCUUCCGGCUGCUGCUGGCCAGCCCAGACGCCGCCUACAAGCUGUUCCGGGGCCUGCAGAGGGACGGUCACGGAAAGGCCAAGCUGUUCGACGGUCUCAACGAUGUGCAACAAAUAACGGUGAACGAGUUACUGGAGGACGAACAAUUCCAGUCUGAAAACGACUACGUGCAGAACUGCAUCGACUGGAACAGAGACGUGCUGAAGCGGGAGCUGGGCCUGGACGACGAGGACAUCAUCGACCUGCCCAUCCUCUUCAAGCUGGAGGAGGACAAGCAGGUGCACCGGGCCGUGGCUUUCUACCCCGACAUGGUCAACAUGAUCGUCCUGGGGAAGAACCUGGGCAUCCCCAAGCCCUUUGGGCCCAGGGUGAACGGACGCUGUGCGCUGGAGGCGGAGAUGUGCUCCCUGAUGGAGGGCCUGGGUCUGAGCUGCACCUUCAUAGACGACUUCGCCUCCUACCACAAGCUGCUGGGAGAGGUGCACUGCGGCUCCAACGUGCGCAGGGAACCGUUCGCCUUCAAGUGGUGGAACCUGGAGAUGUGAAUGGGAUCUAAACGGUGCAUGGGUUAAUGGGUUCUUAUUCUUAAGAUUUCAGGUCAUGAUGAAACCUGGGUGGUGGGACACAAACAAUGUUUUCUGUUGUUUUGUGGACUUUUUAUAGCAGUGACUGAUGCAUCAUUGUGGCCUUACCCUGCAGAAGUCAUGACAAAGGUCUGAUAUGCAUCUUCAUCUUUAUUAAAUAUUUUUCCAUUU